CUACAAGCACUCAAGGACCAAAGGGUUGCUUCUUUCUUUGUAUGAAUGUGUCUACCAACACUGUUACGUUUGUCGAUAACGCGAGUGAAAGAACUUUCUUGGACACACAAGAAGUUUUCACUGUGGACAUCUACCGUCAUGAAUGGAAGUGCGAUGAAUCGUGCGACGUAUCGCGACUUCCAUCAGACAUUUUGAAGGCGUAUUUAACGUUUUAGGUUCCACAGAUCGUGCGUCAACGCGAUCACUUCAGACGAGGUGACGGCGUAGCGAACUUUGGACAGAACGCGGCUGCUUCGCCCAAGACUUCCGCCGCUAGCUGCACGUAGCUGCACGGAACAAGGUGUCGACGCAUUGGCAGAUGCGCAGUAGCAAGCUGGCAGCAAGAUGAAUCCAGAUGUUGAAGAACGGAAUGUUAUCAAAUUUGACCCACCAGUUUCGGUUCAGCGAUACACGGAGGUUUGCAGGAUCCUGUCGCAGGACACCACAGUCGAAAAGGUUGUUGAUUUUGGUUGUUCGACGGGCCAAUUCUUCAGGCAUCUCAAGAAAAUCAAGCAUGUUAGGAAAUUUGCUGGUGUGGACAUCAGCUAUGGCUGCUUAGAGGACGCUUACCGGGCAGCUCGACCUCUAGCCUGGGAAUGCAUAUACAGGCGAGCCCACUCACUGGAUGUGCAGUUGUUUAAGGGAAACAUCUCCAUCAAGGAUUCACGACUCUGCGGUUUCGACGGUGUCACUUGCAUUGAGCUUAUAGAGCACUUAAACGAGAUAGAUUUAAAGGGAAUGCCUGAAACCAUAUUCGGUUUCAUUCAGCCAAAGGUAGCCGUGAUCACCACGCCCAACCGAGACUUCAAUGUGGUUUUUCCAGAGUUGCAAGGGAUGAGGCAUUGGGAUCACAAGUUUGAAUGGAGCAGAGCUGAAUUUGAGCAGUGGUGCUCGCAAGUGCUGAAACGCUACCCCGACUAUGUCGUUCACUACAGUGGUGUUGGAGACGCGCCGUCUGAGAAGUAUCAAGGUGUUGGCCACUGCUCCCAGAUUGCAACGUUCAAGAGGUCGUGCCAAGGCACUAACAGAUCUGAAGAUACCAAACCGCCUUUGCUGCCCUAUGAACUUGUGUUUGAGGCUAGUCACCCUGGCGAAGAUGCUGCACACUACCAGAACAGUUCUGAAGCGUCUUCCAUCACUUAAUCAUCUUUGCAUAUGAGGCAUGAGAAGACAAUGCACGACCAUAUCGCAUCAUUCAUAAGCUGCAGCAUUUGUGGCUGCACUGAACAAUAGUGAUGGCUUCAUCCUAUUCAGUGGUGCAAUAUGUGACACUUCUUUUUGUGUGGCUUGUUCCUCCACAGUGACAUCAAUUUGAUAUGGGUAUUGGUCGCAGAGUAAUUAUUUAUGUCUUACUUGAGAGCCUCACAGGUCUGUGCCUAUUAUUACUCCCGACUGUUUUUGCGAAAAAGAACCGUUCUUGAUGAACUUUUACAUUUUUCAGAGUGGUUCCUGCUUCAAGAUUUGUUGGAAGUUUGUCUGGCUCUAUGCCCUAGCUAUUAAGACAGGAACAAACAGCGCUAGACACGGGACGGUGAUAGAACGACAGACAAGGUGCCAAACUAACGUUUAUUGCUGGGAAAGGCAAUAUAUGUAGAAGCUUCACGCAGAAGACCAACAAAAAUGCAGUAUCUGUGCAGAGAUAGAAAAAGAAUCAUCACGUUACAUCCGUCAGCAAAACAGGUGGUCACGUUUUCAACAAGUGACUGAAUUCACAGUCAUGCAGGGAAGUCGUGCAGGAUUUCAGAGUCGUGCUGGGUUCGUAAAAAUGUGACAGCCUGUUUUGCUAACGCAUGUGACGGGAUGAUUUCUCUUCCAUCUCUACAUGGAUACUGUGUUUUUGUUGGUCUUCUGUGCGAAGCUUCUGUAUAUAUUGCAUUUCCCAGCAAUAAACCAGCGGCACUUCAGCACCGUGUCUGAUGUUCUAUCACUGCCCCGUGUCUAGCACUGUUUCAUCCCGUCUUCAUGAUGUACCAACCAGCCUAGUUAGGUGCACUCCUUCGCUAUUGAUUGAUAUUAAUUUGACAUUUCUGCUACAAAAGUCUGACAAUUCAUAUGAGGUGUCUGUUCUUUAUUUUUAGCCAUUCCACACUUCACAGACUGCCUCAGCUAUUACAUAAACUUUGUUUCGAAUUUAAAACGCUUUCUUUCUUGUUUCUAAAAAAUAAAUGCUCUUGUCAGCCCCAUUA